AUGGUUGAAAAAAUAAUUGAAGAAUCGGAAGGAGCUCAAACGGUUUGUCGCGAAGUCCUCGCUACAAUUUGCGACAAAACCGGAAACGAUUCGAAUGACGUUCAAGCAAGAAAAGAAGAGGCGAGAAGAAAGAGAAGAAGGAAAAAGAAUUCGUCUGUCGUAUCUUCAUGCUUUCAAGAUUUGUACAAAUUGACUGGAGAAAUACUUGGAGAGGGAGCUUAUGCCUCAGUACAAAGUUGUAUCAACAUAUACACGGGAAUAGAAUAUGCUGUGAAAAUGAUUGAAAAAAUUCCGGGACAUUCAAGGUCGAGAGUUUUCAAAGAAGUUGAAACUUUUCAUCACUGUCAGGGUCAUCCUAAUAUCAUACAUUUGGUUGAAUUUUUUGAAGAUGAAGAAAGGUUUUAUCUUGUGUUUGAAAAAGUAGUCGGGGGUCAGCUUUUGGAUAGAAUACAAGAAAAAAAUCAUUUUUCAGAGCGUGAAGCUUGUCAAAUAAUUCGGGAUCUGGCAAGCGCUUUGCAAUUCCUUCACAAAAAAGGUAUAGCACAUCGUGAUUUGAAACCGGAAAAUAUUUUGUGCAUAUACGAGGACCAACUUUCCCCCGUUAAAAUAUGUGAUUUCGAUCUUGGAUCCGGGAUAAAAUUCAAUCCCAGUCUUUCAUCCCCGAUUGCUACCCCACAGCUUCUGACACCGGUUGGUAGUGCCGAGUUCAUGGCUCCCGAAGUUGUGGAGGCUUUCGUCGGAGAAUUCACGGCCUACGACAAGCGAUGCGAUUUGUGGUCUCUCGGUGUCAUAAUGUAUAUUCUUCUCUGCGGGUAUCCUCCGUUCUACGGUAAUUGCGGAAACGAUUGCGGGUGGCAAGACGGUGAAAACUGUUGCCGGUGUCGCGAACUUUUAUUCCAAAGCAUUCAAGAAGGACGGUACGAGUUCCCGGAUCCGGAGUGGUCCGACAUAAGCGACGAAGCCAAGGAUUUGAUACAGCAUUUAUUGGUUAAGGAGGCGAGUUUGAGACUGAGCGCGGAUUCCGUGCUUGAACACCCUUGGAUGAAGUACCUGAACGCACCCAUUUAUCAAAGAACUCUCGUCACUCCGCACAACAUAAGGAGAAACAACAGCGCGAGAGGACUUUCAGCCUUUGCCGAGAGCGCGAUGGCAGUCAACAGAGUUUUCCAACAACAUUUUUCAAUGAACAUCGACAUGAUUCCGAAACAUUCUGUUGAGACUGCCAAGCUUAGUAAUAAUCAAGGUGAAGUAUUCGGACUGUCACCGCCAAGCGAAUCAAGACUGAUGCAAAGAAGAUUGCUUACCAAAUCACAAACCGGAAGUCAAUGCGGUCGUCAAGACAAACUCACGGAUUCGGUGUACAGUAAUUUACUAUCUUCACAGCCGAUUCAAUUAAAUGAAAAGUUGGUAGCGAGUCAAACGGUUGUGGCAUCGCCGAGCGGUUAA